UACUCCGGAAAGGGAAUGUAGCGAAGCAAAAUAUGGUGGCACAUGGCUGUGCAUCAACAUUUCGGUAAAUUCGUGUAAGUGCUUGAAAACAUAGCUCAGUUUCUGCACCGUUCGUGGUAAAGAAAACAGCGCAUUAAUUUCAAGUUAACCCAUCAGCAGUAGCUCAGUGUCCUUCAUUACAAAUGCACACGCUGACGAGACUGCAGCUCAGAGGACUGUCCUGUUGAUACAGGUUAAGGGUGCUGAGCUGUUAGUCUUGACUUGAAGGCAAGAUUUAAACUUCAUUAAUGUUUUAAUUGUAUUUUACAACUCCAGUCCUGUGGUCUAGGUCUGUUACAGCGGGGAAAACCCAAAAAUAUGUAUGGCAGGGCAGUGGUGCUCCAGAACCAAUAUUGGGUACAGCUAAUAUCGCAACCUGCAUUAUCGCUUCAUGUGUGUAUUUGAGCUGAGAGAUUUUCAUUAACAAACAGUAACAUAAUACAUUUUUGAGAGUUUAUUAAACGUCCCUGAAAGAGUGCACAGGUACACAGCAUGGCAAGUAGGUGCUGAUUUGGCAGGUCAGUCAUUGUCCUGCUAGAGCAGACAAAUCACAAUCUUGCUGUAUUCUGUGCAAAACAUCCUGACAGCUACUGGAAGACAUCCCAACAAUAAUAUACUGUAACUAUGAAACUGAAAGAACUGGAAAGUUGCCUUCAACAAGUAGAUGGAUUUGAGGAGCCAAAAAUCCUCCUGGAACAGUAUCCCACCAGCCCCCAUAUAGCAGGCUGUAUGCUGUACACCAUCCACAACACAUUUGAUGACAUUCAGAAUAAACUAGUUGCUGACUUGGGAUGUGGAUGUGGAGUACUUAGUAUUGGAGCUGCAGUCUUGGAUGCAGGACUUUGUGUGGGAUUUGAUAUUGACAGUGAUGCACUAGACAUUUUCAAGCGAAAUGUGGAAGAAUUUGAACUACCAAAUAUCGACAUGGUCCAGAGUGACAUCUGCUCCGUUGGAUCAUCAUAUGCAAAGAAAUUUGACACGGUCAUCAUGAACCCUCCAUUUGGCACAAAACACAAUCAAGGUAUAGAUAUGCAGUUUUUAAAGACAGCGCUUUCGAUGGCUAGAAAAGCAGUAUACUCCCUUCAUAAGACUUCUACGCGAGAGCACAUACAGAAGAAGGCAAAUGACUGGAAAGUGAAAAUGGAAGUUAUUGCAGAGCUUAGAUAUGACCUCCCAGCAUCCUAUAAAUUCCACAAAAAGAAAUCGGUUGAUAUUCAAGUUGACUUCAUUCGAUUUACCCCUAUGUGAAGAUUGGAAGAUACAUUUUCUGUAUUGUCUGAACUUUUCUGUACUUUUUUCUGAACUGUUUUUUGACACUAUAGUGGAUGUAUUUGAAAGAAAAUUUUAGUAACUUAACUGAAGUGUAAACAUUAACUUUUUUCUUCUUAAAAAUUAAAGACAAUUUAAAAUUAA